UGGCGGAACUGAUCGCCUCCGUCUUUAGUGUCUGUACGGACUAGUUAACCCGUCACACACGCUGAAGCGCAGUUUGGAGAUGGCUGUAACCCUCCACACCGAUCUCGGAGACAUAAAGAUAGAGCUGUUCUGUGAGCGCUCUCCCAAAUCAUGUGAGAACUUCCUGGCCUUGUCUGCCAGUGGUUUCUACAAUGGCUGCAUCUUCCACCGAAACAUCAAGGGCUUCAUGGUGCAGACCGGAGACCCCAUCGGCACUGGUAAAGGGGGAACGAGUAUAUGGGGACGGAAAUUUGAAGACGAGUUUAGCGAACACUUGAAACAUAACGUCAGAGGAGUGGUCUCCAUGGCCAACAACGGGCCCGACACCAACGGCUCCCAGUUCUUCCUGACGUACGCCAAGCAGCCUCAUCUGGACAUGAAGUACACCGUGUUUGGAAAGAUCAUCGAUGGUUUGGAGACACUGGAUGAACUGGAGAAACUUCCUGUCAACGAAAAGACGUUCCGGCCUCUGACUGAAACCCGAAUGAAAGACGUCACCAUCCAUGCCAACCCUUUCGCUAAUUGAUGCGGCUCAUCGAUUUUUUUUACUUCUCUUCAUGUGUGAGAUAUCAAAUUCAUUGUUGGAAUGUUUUGUUUUUGAGUAAAUUUGUAACUUACGCAUUACUUUGUAAUAAAUAAAUUCGUCAAAUGUGUUUCAA